CUGGAGCUCUUGCUUUACGAGUUACCGUAGAACAUGCAAGCUGUGAAGGAAACUUUGAGCAACGCCAAACUUCGUCCAACGAAGAUGAUUCAACCCAAUUCUUCGAACCUUCUCCAAAACCUCACCCUUGGCUGCAUGCUUGGAUUGCCAGGGCAUUUCCGCGGACUACAAAGUCUACCGAGCUCCCAUCGAACCAACACUCUGUCAUUUGCACACAACUGCGAUGGCAAGAUUUCAUCUAAUCGGUCAACAUGUACCAAGGGUAUAGAUGCCUUGCUGGCGUUUCCUGGUCCACAUGUCAGCAGCCAGUUGCGUCACACAACUUGAUCAUCAGACCUGCCGGGGUAGCUCAAUCGGUAGAGCGUGUGGCUCUUAUCUACUGUAUAAGCACGGACACCUCAAGGUCGCGGGUUCGAGCCCCGCCUUCGGCUAUUCCUAUAAACACCGCUGUCCAUUCCUUUUGCACUAUCUCGAUAGGGGCUAGAAACUCCAUUUUUGAUGUUUU